AUGUUCUUAUUUUUUUUUUCAUAUUUUCUCUGUUUUUUUUACACUUUCCUUUUUUAUUUCCUGUUCAUCAUUUUCUUUCUUUAUCUUUUCUUUUCUUUUUCUUAUUACUUUUUAUUGUUUCCUGGCAUUUCGUUUUCGACAUUUUUUGUUUUCUUUCUUCUUCCAUCGCCUUCUUUUGCUUCCUUUCUUAUCACCUUCGUUCAUCCUUUCUGUUUUCCUUUCUUUUUUUUGUCUCAUUCUUUUAUUCUUCCUUUCAUGUCUCUUUUUGGACUUCUAUUCUUUGAUGUCGCAAGCUUUCCUUUCGCUUGCUUUCUUAAUUUCUUUUCAUUCUUUUCACUUUUCUCCGCUUUUUUUUCCCUUUCUUUUCUUUCCUUAUUUUCUUUCACUUUUAUUCUUUUUUCCUCUUUCUGCUCCUUUUUUUUCACAGCUUUUGCUAGAAAUUAUUUGCCUUCUUUCUUUCCUCACUUUUCUCUCUGUCAUUUUUUUUCUAUUCUUCAUUUCCUUUUUCCUCUUCCUCUUUCUUUUUUUUCCCCCAACUUUCAUUCUUUCUUAACGUUUCUUUUCUUCUUUUCAUCUUUCACUGCCAUUUUUCUUAGAUUUUUUUUUUUCCCAUUUCCGAUUAUUUUUUUCUUUCUUCUUUCUUUGAAUUUUUUUCUUCUCUCUCACUUUUUCAUUUUCAUUAUUUCAUUUUUUCCACCGCUUUCCUUGUUGACUAAAAUUCUUUCGCUUCCUUUCUUAUCACCUUUGUUCAUUUUUCUGUUCUUUCUUUCUUUCUUUCUUUCUUUCUUUCUUUUUUUCUUGUAUCAUUUUUACAUUCUUUCUUUUUUUCUUCCUUUUUCCUUUUCUCUUUUUUUUUCGUUUUCAAUUUUUCUUUCGUUCUCUUUUUCUUCUCGGUUUGUAUUCUUUCCUGGCAUUUCUCUUCCGACAUUUCACUUCGGACAUUUUUUAUUUUAUUUCUUCUUCUAUCGCCUUCUUUCGCUUUUUUUCUUAGCACAGUCGUUCAUUUUUUUUCUUUUGUUUGUUUCUUCCUUUUUCUUUCUUUCAUUUUUGUUGGUACUUUUUCUUUUCUUCCUUUCUUUUCAUUCUUUAAAUUUUAAUUUCCAUUUAACUUUCUUCCUUUUCUUUCUUUCUUUCUUUCUUUCUUUCUUUCUUUCUUUCUUUCUCAUUGUUUUCAUUUUUCCCUUUUGCUCUUUUCAUCUUUGUAUUUUUUUAAAUUUUUCACAACUUUUGUUCUUUCCUUGUUUCUUUUUUGGUUUCCUUUUUCAUUCUUUCUUUCUUUCUUUUUUCUUUCUUUUUAUUUAUGCUAAUUUUUCCUUUACUUUUUUAUUUUCUUUCAUUAUUAUCAUUUUUCCCUCUUCUCUUUCCAUCUUUGUAUUUUUUAAUUUUUUCAUAACUUUCUUUCGUACUUUCUUUCUUUCUUUCUUUAUUUAUUUUCAUUUUUUCCUGUACGUUUUUUUCUUUCAUUUUUCUUAUUUUCCCCAGUUUCUCUUUUCAUCUUCGCAUUUAACUUUUUCUCGAUUUUCUUUCUUUCUUUUAUUUACUUUUUUCGCUCUUUACUAUAAAAUAAAAUCAACGAAACUCAAUCGAUUUCCUGUUGUAAAUCUCAAUGUGACGAGCCUUCAUCCGUACGUUCUUUCUUUCUUUAUUCCUUCCUUUCUUUCUUUCUUUCUUUCUUUCUUUCUUUCUUUCUUUCUUUCUUUAUUCCUUUCUUUCUUUCUUUCUUUCUUUCUUUCUUUCUUUCUUUCUUUCUUUCUUUCGUUUUCCCCUUGUUCUUUUUUUCCAUUCUGUGCUUUCUUUCUCAUCUUUUUUCAUUUUUUUUUUCUAAUUUUUGCCUCCAACUUUCCUUCCUUCCUUCCUUCCUUCCUUCCUUCCUUCCUUCCUUCCUUCCUUCCUUCCUUCCUUCCUUUUUUUCUCCUUGUUCUUUUUUUUUUUCAUUUCUUUUUUCUAAUUUUUGCCUCCAACUUUUCUUUCUUUCUUUCUUUCUUUCUUUUUUCUUUCUUUCUUUCUUUCUUUCUUUCGUUUUCUCCUUGUUGUUCUCUUUUUCCAUUCUGUCCUUUCUUUCUCCUCUUUUCUUUUUCUAAUUUUUGCCUCCAACCUGUCUUUAUAUUCUCUUUGUUUCGUGAUCUGACAAAAGAUCAAAGAGUCUGGAAAACACACCUAGACACCAACGAAUCGAAGAGAUGCUAUCGCGUUUCUCUGGAUAUUGGCUGUUAA